UGCCCCCAACCCCUCACCUGCCUCAUCCUCUCCCUCCUCCCCAGGCAGGAUGCAGGUCCGGGGCCUCCUCCUCCUCCUGGCACUGAUCCUGCUGGCUGCCACUGCUGAGGCUGGCAAGAACAAGAAAGAGAAGGCAAAGAAGGAUGGCUCCGAGUGUGAGGACUGGCGCUGGGGACCCUGCGUCCCCAACAGCAAGGACUGUGGCCUGGGCUACCGCGAGGGAACUUGCAAAGACGAGAGUAAGAAGCUCAAGUGCAAGAUCCCCUGCAACUGGAAAAAGAAGUUUGGAGCUGACUGCAAGUACAAAUUUGAGAGCUGGGGGGGGUGUAGUGCUCAGACAGGUGUGAAGACUCGCUCCGGCAUCCUGAAGAAAGCCCUGUACAAUGCCCAGUGUGAGGAGAUCGUCUAUGUGACCAAGCCCUGCUCUUCUAAGAUCAAGUCGAAAUCCAAAGCAAAGAAAGGCAAGGGGAAGGACUAGAGCGGGAAGCCAGCAUCCUCAUCAACCCCUCGACACAGUACCCACAGGGCUGGAUGCCCAGCUGCAGCCGGCCCAUGCUCCAGUCUUCCUCCUCCUCUCCUUCCUCCUUUCCCUGACCUCUUUCACUGAGUUGCCUUGUUUUAAUUGCUAGUGUUGUAGAGAGCAAACCCACCCACCCCACAGGAGGGGCUGCCCCCCUUCCCUGCUGCCCCACCACCACUGCCAGCGUGUCCCACUUGCCUCCUCUCACCUGAUGUUGGGGUUUGCUGGGAUGUGCCUGGGAGAGCUGGCAUGGGAACACAUAUUUUUCCACCCUCCAGCACAAAUUAGUUGCCUUUAGCACAAUCUUUGGCAAGCCCAGGAGCCUCCUCACUCCUCCACCGGUACCAGUGCUGGAGGGAAGGGCUGAGUGUUGAAUGCUUGAGUAACCCCAUCACUCAUUCCCUUUACUCACAUGAGGACUGCUCUCUGCUCAGGGAGCUUCUUCCAGCAUCCCUUCAGCCGGGGCACAACUUCCCUGCAGCAGGGAAUGGGGAAAAGAAAGCCACUGCCCCUGGGAUCCACCAUGUCCCCUCCUCCGUCACUUCUAACUGUGUGUCCAUGCUGGGGCUGCAGCCCCUCUGCCUUCGACAUGCCAACGCUGGUGCUGGGUGGAAGCUCUCACUUCUUUUGGAAAAUGGGGUUUGUUUUCUUUUCCAAUAAAAAUCUUUUU